AAGAUACAGCAAUGAGAGAAAAGUGGUACUUCAUUGUGUGUUUAUCAAAUACGUUCCUCGAGUAUUCUUGAGAUUUUUGUUGACGGGACGCCGAGCCUUCGAGCUGUUCGAAUAAACUUUCGAGGUUACAUUGCGAGUCUUCGCCGCGGCGAGAAUCACGUUCUCAGUCUGUUCUUUUUAACUGGACUGACUGCUCUCUCUAAUAUGGCGGAAGAAAGAUAAACUCCGAACUAGCGCAGAUAGUUCAGUUGAAAAGAACAAACCUUUUAAUGUGUAAAUAGAAGAAUAAAACGAUUGGUUCUUUGAGGUUAAAGUGAGCACCAGUUGACACGAGUGCCUUUUCGAGGUUAUGCGGUCCCGGAACGUCGCUCUGCGAUUUUAGGUGUCGAGACGCGAUACCGAAGAGCCUGCCAAAUUACGAGUCAAAAUGAACGUAGCGACGGAGGAAGAGAGAAAAAUCCUCCACUUCUUAAAGUCGCAAGGCUGCUGCUUGAGAUGUUGCUUUCGUCUCGCUGGAUUCCGUACGCCGGAGUGCUAUUGCGAUCCUUUCGAGUUUGCGGGACAGUCGAAUUAUGCCGAUAUAAGGGACGAUACCUCUGCGGAAGAAGCACCGUGCAUCGUGUGCUUAGGAGUCCUUCAGGAUAAGGCGCAGGAGAACGUAGUUACGAAAAUAGCGGAAAAGGUGGAGGGGAAGAAUUACGAUUGCACGACCUUCACUUGCGCGUUGACUGUUCCCGUAUCGAUGAAGCUCAGGGAGCAUAUAUUGUACGCUUACAUGUCCAAGGAGAUAGACAUUCAUGAAUCUACCCUGAACACUCUUAAAGCAAGACUGCAAAGUGUCAAAGAUAUUUGGAAAUCUUUUAUGAUGCCCAAACUCGAACAGGCUAUGGGAAAACGUGCUGACCUGUCGACACCGUCGCCCUUUCUCAUCGAGAUCUUCCUGACGUACGUCGACGAUGAAGCAAUAUUUAAAAAAUUGAUAAACAAACAGAAAGGCGGCAGUAAGCCGAAAAAGAGAAAAUCCAACGAUAACAAACUGAGCAGGAAGAACGUUGACAUUUUGCUGAUCGAUAUGACGGAUGAGCAACUUAUGUGCCACUUCACGAUCCCGCAAAUCGUGUCGAAAACGUUCGUUCGUGUUGACAAUAUUUUAUGCUCUCACGGCAGCAUCUUCAUAGGAGGGCGCUACAAUAAACUCUCCAGGAAACUCAGCCAGACCCCAUGGUUCAUAAACGGCGAGAAGAAAGUGGAGACCUCGGUGCAAGAUCUGCUCUGCAAUCCCAUAGCGGAAACUGUGAGGGCGGAAUCGAUAAAAUUUUUAUCGUCAGGAAGAGAAGACGUCGACGUCAGGAACAUAUACGAUGGCCGGCCAUUCGCUGUCGAGCUAUUGAAUCCUCGCAUGACGAAUAUCACAAGUGAGCUGUUGGCGGGUCUAACCGAUAGCAUCAAUCAGUCGACCAAGCAAGUUCAAAUAACGUCGAGUCUAAAGGUUCUCUCGAGGCUCGAUUUGAAGAAGCUCAAGGAAGGUGAGAACGUUAAAACCAAGUUUUAUCGAGCGCUGUGCGUCUGUCGAGGCGCGAGUGGCGGUUUACCGCAAUUAGAGCACUUGAACCAACUGAAAAACGUCAGAAUUAUUCAGAGGACACCAGUGAGAGUGUUGCACAGGCGGCCGCUGAGUCCGCGAGCGCGCGUCGUGUACGAGAUGCGCGCGCGCUGGGCGAAGCCGCACGAACUGAAGGAGUUGCUGCGUACCGCCGCCGAGAGUACCGACGCGUUUUUCGUUCUUGACGUGAGAACGCAAGCGGGCACAUACGUAAAAGAAUUCGUGCACGGAGAUUUCGGUAGGACUAAGCCGAGCCUGUGCGACUUCCUCAAAACCGAAGUGGACAUUGUCGCAUUGGAUGUCACGGGUAUUAACUUGAAGUGGCCGUAACGCGAGUCUAAUUUGAUAUUGCAACAAAAAUCGUACAAAAGAAUUAAUAAAAUAUACGUUGUGAAGUCGA